AUUCUACAAAUCGGAUGGCGCACCAUACCUCGCGUCUAAAAAUUGAGCUGCUUCUUCUGUUUCUGUCAUGGCGUUCUCUUCCUGGUUCUCUCGUUUCCGUUCUUCUUCGAAGAACAUGUACAGGAUUCUCCAGAGCUCUUCAAUCCACAAUUGUCGCUCGCAGAACACAUACCUUGCUGAGGUCCUGGCUUUGGAGGGGAGGAGGCCACUCCGGUCAUGGUCAAGCUCUCUUCUUCCUCUGGCCAUUGCGGUUUCGGCUGGAUCACUUACCCUGGACUUCCAAAGAAACCCUUCGAUGUGCGAUAUCGCUGCCGGUGCCGAUGAUUACCGAGGUGGCACAGUUGGGGGCAAAAGUAGCACCGAACUUGUCGUGAAAGGUACUCACAAGGAUGUCCCCCAAGAACUUAUUGAAGAACUGAAGGCCAUAUGUGGGGAAAACUUGACAUUGGAUUACGACGAGAGAUACUUUCACGGGAAACCUCAGAACAGCUUUCACAAAGCUGUGAAUAUACCGGACGUGGUUGUUUUUCCAAGGUCUGAAGAGGAAGUGUCCAAGAUUGUCAUAUCAUGUAACAAUCAUAAGCAGGUUCCUAUUGUGCCAUAUGGAGGGGCUACAUCAAUUGAGGGUCACACCUUGUCUCCGAAUGGAGGUGUAUGCAUUGACAUGACAUUGAUGAAGACUGUUAAGUCACUACACAUUGAGGACAUGGAUGUAGUUGUUGAACCUGGGAUUGGAUGGAUGGAGCUUAAUGAGUACCUGGAGCCUUAUGGUCUUUUCUUUCCACUUGAUCCAGGGCCUGGUGCAACCAUUGGAGGCAUGUGUGCUACACGUUGCUCUGGUUCUUUAGCUGUAAGGUAUGGAACAAUGCGUGACAAUGUCAUCAAUCUCAAGGUUAUUCUAGCAAAUGGGGAGAUAGUCAAGACAGGUUCUCGUGCAAGAAAGAGUGCUGCAGGAUAUGACCUGACUCGGCUGAUGAUUGGGAGUGAAGGAACCUUGGGUGUAAUAACAGAAGUUACUCUACGGCUUCAAAAAAUUCCCCAAUACUCUGUGGUUGCAAUGUGCAAUUUUCCCACAAUCAAAGAUGCGGCUGAUGUAGCUAUUGCCACUAUGCUUUCUGGGAUACAGGUAUCAAGAGUAGAGCUGUUGGAUGAUGUUAUGGUGAAGGCAAUCAAUCUUGCCAACGGGAAAAAUUUGCCUGAAGUUCCAACACUAUUGUUUGAAUUUAUAGGCACAGAAGCAUAUGCACGCGAGCAGACAUCAAUUGUUCAAAAGAUUGUUUCUGAGCACAACGGCUCUGAUUUUGAUUUUGCUGAAGAGCCUGAGGCCAAGAAGGAACUUUGGAAGAUAAGGAAGGAAGCACUAUGGGCUUGCUUUGCUAUGAAACCCAACUUUGAAGCAAUGAUUACGGAUGUAUGUGUCCCUUUGUCACAUCUUGCAGAAUUAAUAUCAAAAUCCAAAGAAGAGCUUCAAGCAUCGUCAUUAGUGUGUACUGUUAUUGCUCAUGCCGGUGAUGGGAAUUUCCACACACUGAUUCUAUUUGAUCCCAAUAAAGAAGAAGAACGGCAGGAAGCAGAGAGACUAAACCAGCUCAUGGUCCAAACUGCCUUAUCAAUGGAAGGUACAUGCACUGGGGAACAUGGUGUUGGCACUGGGAAAAUGAAGUACCUUGAGAAGGAACUUGGAAUGGAGAACUUGAGAACAAUGAAGAGAAUAAAAGCAGUUUUAGAUCCCAACAAUAUCAUGAACCCAGGAAAGCUGAUUCCUCCUCAUGUUUGUUUCUAGGCUCUACAUGUACAUGUAUAUUCAUAUUUUCGAACAUUCUUCCUUGAGGUUGCAGAAACUGCAUGUCUGUAGUAGGAGCCUCUAUGGCCUCACCAAAUUGAAUUUCAUGUAGAGUUUGCAAACUGCACUUUUCUUAGUUCUCCUAGUUAGGUUUCCUAUCUGUUUUCUGUGGCUAGAAAUUUUGUUCCUUGUGAAUAUGUCAACUAAGAAAUGCUUUCCUGCAACAAUCUCAACUGGAUGGAGGGUCUUGGUCUAAUGGUGGCGCUCCCAGCUCCAAUGGCUAUGUUCACAUGUAUACACAUGGAGAAGGGAAAGUGCAUUUCUGUCCUAAGCCACAAUGGUACUUGAACUCGUUGAUUUAGCUCUCAAAGAUCGGUUAUUGGAUUAUGAUAUCGUCCAAUCAGUGCAAGAGGUUUGAGGGUUUCACCAUGCUUUGCUUUUUCAUUCCUAUCCUACAGAAGUUGCAGUGGAUCUGCUUACCAAAAGAAAUGGUUGCACAUCAGUGGGAUGAUAAGUUGAUCAAACAACAUACUAAUUUUCAGAAGACAGCCAGUCGCCAAUAUGUACAAGUGCACACGAAAAAAAAAAAAAAAACUUUGAGAAUGAAUUUGACAUGAUCUAUUAUCAUCUAUAGAUAGGGGUUGAAAUGGUGGAGAAAGUAAAGACAGAUUUGGUAGAGCUAUAGAUACAAAACCUCUCUUUCAAAAGGUAUGCCAUCUAUAUAUAUGAGCUGAAGGCCUCACCAUCUGUAAAACCACAAAAUAAAUGCCCUGCAGGACACUUGAUGACAAGAGGGGUCAAAGGUAUUCUAGUUAUUAUUUGAAAACACUUGAAUCCAUUAUUAAGAGCAACAACCAUUAUUUGCUUUUA